AUGGCAGACAGCUUUGACUGUGCCAACUCAAACCUUCUUUGUGCAGAAAACUCAGAUACCUGCUUUGAUGAUCUUAAUUCUAAUACCAUAGAUGACUUGGGGCUGUUCCCUUCAAUGCCCCAUAAAAUCAAUAAUACCCACAAUCAAGACCCCAGUUUUAAUCAUAAUAGAUCCAAAUCUAUGAUAGAUUUUCCGUUACAGAGUGAAGAAGGGGUUAGUUCAAUGGUUAAGAGGGAGAGUGAGCAUUUUCCCAGAGACGAUUACCUCAAGAGACUGCGCAAUGGGGACUUGGACUUGAGCAGUAGAAGAGAGGCCCUUGAUUGGAUUUCGAAGGCUCAUGCCCAUUACAGUUUUGGACCAUUGAGUGUUUGUCUAUCUAUGAACUACUUGGAUCGCUUCCUUUCACUUUAUGAAUUGCCUAGAGGUAAAGCCUGGGCCGUGCAAUUGCUAGCUGUGGCUUGUUUAUCAAUAGCAGCCAAGGUGGAGGAGACUACUGUACCUCAGUCUGUGGAUUUACAGGUUGGAGAUCCCAAGUUUGUGUUUGAAGCUAAAACCAUACUAAGAAUGGAGCUUCUUGUGAUGAGCACUCUAAAGUGGAGAAUGCAAGCUUGUACUCCCUACUCUUUCAUUGACUACUUCCUCAGCAAGAUAAGUGAUGAUCAACAUCCGUCAACAUCAUCUAUCUGUAGAUCAGAACAACUCAUAUUGAGCACAAUAAGAGGUAUUGACUUCUUGGAAUUCAGGCCUUCUGAAAUUGCUGCAGCAGUGGCAAUUUGUAUUUCAGGAGAAACACAAGCAGUAGACAUUGAUAAAGCCAUUUCUUGUUUCAUGCAUGUAGACAAGGUAAGAGUGUUGAAGUGUCUUGAACUGAUGAAAGAUUUGUCAUUGAUCAGUGGUUCUACUAAUAGGGGAAGCGCCUCUGCUUCAUCCGUACCCCAAAGUCCGGUUGGGGUGUUGGAUGCUGCAUGCUUGAGCUAUAAAAGUGAUGAAUUUACAGUUGGGUCAUGUGCAAAUUCUUCACAUAAAAGUCCAGACAUUAAGAGGAGGAAACCAGACAAUCCGUCUAAAAUGGACUCCAAGUCAUGA